GUGAGGAAGAUGGAUUCGGCAAGGAGUUGGUUACAGAAGUUUCAACCCCGUGACAGAUUGAGGGGUUCUACGAGGAAGAAGGAUGAUACUGAUGGUGGAAAUGAAGGUUUAAAUGAGCCAAUGGAUGAAACAUCUCUCUCUAGUACCACAAAACAAAAGGUUGCAGCAGCCAAGCAAUAUAUUGAGAACCACUACAAGGAGCAAAUGAAGAACCUUCAGGAAAGGAAGGAACGUCGAACCAUCUUGGAAAAGAAGUUAGCUGAUGCUGAUGUCUCUGAGGAAGAUCAAAAUAACCUACUUAAGUUUUUAGAGAAAAAGGAAACUGAAUAUAUGCGUCUUCAAAGGCACAAAAUGGGUGUUGAUGAUUUCGAGUUAUUGACAAUGAUUGGAAAAGGUGCAUUUGGGGAGGUCAGAGUUUGUAGAGAAAAGACUACAGAUCAUGUAUAUGCAAUGAAAAAGCUAAAGAAAUCAGAAAUGCUUCGUAGAGGCCAGGUAGAACAUGUUAGAGCUGAGAGGAAUCUCCUUGCAGAGGUUGACAGCAAUUGCAUAGUUAAACUUUAUUGUUCUUUCCAAGAUGAUGACUAUUUGUAUCUUAUUAUGGAGUAUCUACCGGGUGGGGAUAUGAUGACUCUUCUUAUGAGAAAGGAUAUAUUGACUGAAGAUGAAGCCAGAUUUUAUGUAGGGGAAACAGUUUUGGCUAUUGAAUCUAUACAUAAACACAAUUAUAUACAUAGGGAUAUUAAACCUGAUAACUUACUGCUUGAUAGAUAUGGACACUUGAGGUUGUCAGAUUUUGGACUAUGUAAACCAUUAGACUGUAGUACACUCGAAGAAACAGAUCUUUCUAUAGGUCAAAAUGCAAAUGGAUCUGCACAAAAUGAUGAACGUGUAGCUCCAAAACGCACACAACAAGAACAGUUGGAACAUUGGCAAAAGAAUAGGAGGACACUUGCUUAUUCUACUGUUGGUACACCAGACUAUAUUGCUCCAGAGGUUUUAUUGAAGAAAGGUUACGGGAUGGAAUGUGAUUGGUGGUCACUCGGAGCUAUUAUGUAUGAAAUGUUGGUGGGAUAUCCGCCUUUUUAUUCAGAUGAUCCAAUGUCAACUUGUAGGAAGAUAGUAAAUUGGAAAUCCCACUUGAAAUUUCCUGAAGAAGCAAGGCUAUCUUCAGAGGCUAUAGAUCUAAUUAGUAAGCUUUUGUGUAGUGUACACCAAAGGCUAGGGUCAAAUGGUGCGGAUGAAAUAAAGGCUCAUCCAUUCUUCGAAGGUGUUGAAUGGGACAAAUUGUAUCAAAUUGAGGCUGCAUUUAUUCCGGAGGUUAAUGAUGAGCUAGAUACCCAAAAUUUUGAAAAAUUUGAAGAGUCUGACACACAGAUUCAAUCAUCUUCAAAAGCAGGUCCAUGGAGAAAGAUGCUUUCGUCCAAAGACAUGAAUUUUGUAGGAUACACGUACAAAAACUUUGAAAUUGUUAACGAUUAUCAAGUUCCUGGGAUGGCUGAAUUGAAGAAGAAAACAUCCAAAGCAAAGAAGCCGUCCAUCAAGUCCUUAUUUGAUUAUGAGUCAGAUACAUCCGAAGUGUUAGAGAGCUCAGAUACAUCUGCAAGCAUGACUAAGCAAUAUAAUGAUCAACCUGCCCAAUCAAUAUAA